UGGAAGAGCGUAGAGGUGAUUGUUUGGUGUUGUGAUAGUGUUUUGUGAAAGCCAUCAAGCUGUUCGCGCCGACGGAAGACAUGUUGACUAUGGAAACGGACCUCAAAGGAGGUAGUUUACACGCGACGAUGCCGCCGCAUCACGCUUUGCAAACGUACGGCUCCUUAAGCUCGCUGGGGCAGGCGCCCAUGCAACAUUUAGGACAGCAUCCGCAUCAUCAGCUGCACCACCAGCAACAGGCACCCCAAUUACACCAUCAGCAUCAACCCCAAAGCCAUCAUCAGUCACACCAGCCCUCCCAGCAUCAGCCGCAGCACAACAACCCCGCGACAAACAAUAAUAAUCCUAGUAGUAAGAAUCAAAAUACGGAUCGCGUGAAGCGACCGAUGAACGCGUUUAUGGUGUGGUCUCGCGGUCAGCGGCGGAAAAUGGCACAAGAAAAUCCAAAAAUGCACAAUUCGGAAAUAUCAAAAAGACUGGGAGCGGAGUGGAAGUUACUUAGUGAAACAGAAAAACGGCCGUUUAUCGAUGAAGCGAAAAGGUUGCGUGCGGUACACAUGAAGGAACAUCCGGAUUAUAAAUACAGACCUAGAAGGAAAACGAAGACUUUAUUGAAAAAAGACAAAUACCCGUUGGGCACAUCCAGCUUGCUACCCGGUUCCGAUCCGACGAGGGGCGCAACGUCCGUUGUUCAACAAGCGGCAGCGCGAGAUAUGUACCAGAUGCCCAACGGAUACAUGCCCAAUGGUUACAUGAUGCCCGACCCUUCGAGUUAUCAGCAGCACACUUACGGUGGCGCAAACUACCCCAGGUACGAUAUGAGCCAAAUGCAACACAGUGCGUAUAUGAACGGCGGUUACGGUUACGGAGGAACUGUGCCCAGUAGCGCGGGUUCGCCUUUUGGCAUGCAACACACGACAGGGUCGUCGCAUAGUCCUUCUGGAUCUAGCAUCAAAUCCGAGCCGGUGUCACCGAGCUCGGGGUUGCACACCCCGACGCCGGGAAUAAAACGGGAAUUUGCAACUAAUCAACCUCAGCAAGGCGACCUCCGACAGAUGAUCUCCAUGUAUUUACCGACGGAAGGUCAGCACAUGCACCAGUACAAUCCGUCGCCGGAUCCUCUAGGACCCGGGCCCUUAGCACCUCUAGCGCACAUGUGAGAGCCGUAUUUUGCGGCACCGGACUUGGACGUGCCGCCGUUGUGAACGUGUAAAUAUGUUAAAUUUUUUAUUCACAUAUACUUUUAUUUCCUCGGCGAAUAAUCUUCUUCGGUUCCUUAAACCAAUUGCAGUAUUCGAUUGUUGUAUUUAAACCACUUUAAGAUAUUGUCUGAUUGGAUGCGAUCGACCAGGUGGGUCCUUUUUUUACAUUUUUAGCGUCAAAUUUAUUUUUUUCCAGUUCUGAGAGUAAUUUAACGUGGUUUGAACAAAUUUUCUAGGUCGUUUAUUACGUGAUGUAAAUAAUAAUUCUAAGGACCUUUGUAUGAUAAACUUUGGUUUCGUAUAGUGAUAAUGUUUAAGGAGAUGAUAUUGUUAAAAAUGUUGCGCGUUGAAAUUUUUAAUGUAAUACACAUUUUCUUAAAAAUUACCAUUGCCUCUCGGCGAUACCUGAUAAGGUUAAGUACCAAAUAUUUGUAUAUAAAAUUAGUUCACACGAGAAAUGCGAAUUUGACGCAAUGUGCCGCAGUUAUCGCUUCAAACACAACUUUUAUUUUAAAGCCAUAAAUGCUCAAUAAUUUUUGAUUACACAUCUUUUUUACCCAAAGGCACAUUGUCGAUAACAAUCCCCAUCCCAUUAUAACAACGUACCAUAAUA